AACAACCCGCCGUCACCUUAACUGAACGACAGAAGUCGACAAUGCCGACCGGAUGCUUGAAGCGCAUCACAGCCCCUCGUUCCUCAGCGAGAGAGAGAAAACAGAAUGUGUUUGACAUAUCUUGUGACGACAAGGGGGGGGGAAACCUCAUAUCCGAACCAGCAAGGACAUCAAAAGAGGGGGAAGGAACAUCACGAUGGCUCGCUGACUGAUCAAGAGAUCACAAAGAGUCGAAAGUCGACAGCCGAGAGUCGAGAAGGGACGAAGAUCCUCCCUCUCUUACCCCAUUCCCCGAUCUCAUUUCCGUCGUAUGAUCUACACGGAGGGCACCAAGUGCGUGGAUAUCGACAUGGACCGGGUCCGGAGGGAGGCACUGAAAAGGGAAAUUUUUCGACGAGGCGCAUGAAGACGCCGGAAGUUAAAGUGUUGCUAGCGACCAACCAACCAACGCCGAGCAAGACAGCCACCCCUCUCUGCUCUCUGAGAGAGAGAGACGCAAAAGAGGGACUCGAUAUUCGACGAGAGUCAUUUUCAGGAAUAGAACAUAACAGCACUGUUGUUAAGUACCGCAAAUCCGUAUGUCUUACUCGCAAGCACACACAGAUCCAGAUGCUUGUCUCUCUUUCUUGUUACCAAGACAGCGGCAGAUCAACACAGCGAAUAAAGGGAGCAGCCCAAAGGGCAGUCGGUUCGGGCAACACAAGAAAAACGCGGGAAACAGACAAAUGGCAGCUUGACAUGACAUACGUAAUAAAGCUUGGCUCUUAACUUUUGUAAGCCCUUUCGAUUUUGGGAAUGGAGCUCGUGGAAUGUCUCACUCGUUGUCCCGUUGUCUGGGUUGUACCUUGGAUCUCCAUGAGAUGCUCACAUCGGCAAUCACCUAGCUUCAACACCACGACCUAUGACUACUGUACCCAGACACGGCAACCAAAUCACAGCAUAGCAAAGCUCAGCAUCGGCACCGGCAGCUCGUCAGAAGGAAGCGAAGAUCGGUAGGUAACGAACGGUAGGUACGGCGAUAGCGUG